UCCUAAAACCCCAGUUUCUCUCUCUAAAAAUCUCUAAAACCCUAGUGUCUUUCUCUUGAAAUCUCUAAAACCCUAGUUUCUCUCUCGACAACAAUGGCUCUCUAUUCACUUCGACUCCGCCAAGCUCUCAGAACCCUAACCCCUCUUCUGGGCCACCGCACACCUCUCCCGCAAGUCUGCGCUCCGCCAGCUGUGGAGUCGUGCGGCGUCAUCCGCCUAUUGCCGGCGACCAACCUCCAGUCGCGGCCAUUCAGGUCAUCUCCGAUCUGGCUCUCCUCAUCGAGGUCGUUCAACAAUCAGAACGAGGAGAUUGGGCCCGACACGAUUCUGUUCGAGGGGUGCGAUUACAAUCACUGGCUCAUCACCAUGGACUUCCCCAAGGAUCCCAAGCCCACUCCGGAGGAGAUGGUGGAGACCUAUGUGCAAACCCUAGCUAAGGGCUUGAAUAUUAGUGUGGAAGAGGCAAAAUUGAAAAUGUAUGCUUGUAGCACAACAACUUAUACAGGCUUUCAAGCUGUGAUGACAGAAGAAGAGUCAGAAAAGUUUAGAGGUUUGCCCGGAGUUGUAUUCAUAUUGCCAGAUUCUUAUAUUAAUCCUGCAACAAAGGAGUAUGGAGGAGACAAAUACAUUAAUGGGACAAUCAUACCGAGACCUCCCCCAGUUCAGUAUGGGAGGACAGGUGGAAGAUAUGGUGACCGAAAUCGAAAUACUGAAAGGCCAAGAUAUGACCGGCAAGGUGGUCCGAUGCCAAAUCGACAAGGGAAUCCCCCAUAUGAUAACCGAGGAUCUAUGCAAGGAGAUGGAGGGAACUAUGGGGCUCCACAAAAUUAUCCACCACAACAGAAUUAUGGGCCAGCAGGACAAGGUCCCAUGCCGAUGAGCAACAGGGAUUAUGCCCAUGGAGGAAGGGACACUUAUCAGGGGGAGAGAAGAGACACAAUGCCUCCAUAUCAGGGCAAUUACAACCAAGGUCAGCAAGGAAAUUAUCAUCCCCAGGAACGAAGAGACUUCUCACAAGGAGCACAGAGGAAUUAUGCUCCUCCUGAUCAGAGGGAUGUUAGAGGAGAUAAUAGGAAUUAUAAUCCUCAACACAGUGGUAAUUAUGGCCAAGGAACAGGUGGAUCUUAUGGGCAGGGAAUGGGUUCUGGGCCUUCCGGGUAUGGGCAGGCUCACCAAGGGCAUGGAGAAGGUCAGAGGUUCUCACAAGUUGAUCAGAGAAACGACAUGCAAGAAGAGCAAAGGAACUAUCCACCUACAGGAAAUACGAACCAAGGUAGAUAUUGAGGUAAAACAAUCUUUAGUAAGCUGAUGAGGGGAAAGCGGCCUACGAGGAAAUCCAUUCUCUAGUCUGCUUCAAACUAGUCAAGAUCUGUCACGGUAAAUAGUGGUCGUCCAAUUUGUUUCUGUGCUUAUCUUCCAAUAACUACUACUGGGACUUCUGCUGGCUUUUUUCCGGGUGUGUAAGAGGUAGAACUCAGAUUUAUGCUGCUACCUACUGAUGUAUGGAUCCAUCUUUAUCCUCUUGACAAAUCCUAAGGGUAGUUUUGGCGGACAGCAGUUGUGUUGCUUCUGCCCUCUGUGAACCUCUGAUUCACAGUAGCUCUUUGUUCUGGGAUAAAUAAAUGGUAGAUAAAUUAAUAAUCUUGUUUGAAUAA